AUGACAGUUAGACGCAGAGCGGCGGAAACGCACCCUGAAGUUAUUGACGCUAAUAAGAAGCAGAAAUUUGCAGAAAAUGAUGAAUGCAACAGAGAUAACACCAAAUGGUACGAAUUUCAUGGCGACAGCUCAAAGGAUGACGGUGAACCAACAUCUGCUCUACAGCAUCCCGAACCUGUAUACCAUUUUAAGGACGGUUUCAGAAUAGUGUUGCCGUAUAAUUUUGUCUACAAGAGUUUUUCCAAAGGUAGAUGGUUCGGACGCAGCUUGCGCGAUGUACUAUCCUCGGAAUUUGCAGCAUUCACAGAUGACUAUGUCAGACAUGCCUGUGUCAAGGGGCACAUCAAGGUAUUAGAUCUGCAAGGGAACGAUCUCUACCCAGAACCGGGUGAACAUAUAUUGGAACAUAUAUGUCGUCCUAACGAGCGUAUAUGGCAUCUUGCUGUGGUCCACGAGCAACUGGCUCUUGAUGCAAAAGUACGUGUAUUGCAGGAAGAUGACGAUUAUAUCGCAGUAUCCAAACCAUGCAGUAUACCUGUAUACCACACAGGUACAUACCACUUCAACACUUUAGUUGAAGUGCUUAAACACGAAGUGUUAAAGGAUAAGGCCAUGCAACUCUACCCUGUACAUAGGUUGGACAAGCUCACCUCAGGUGUCAUCAUAUUGGCUAAGAACAGCAAGGCUGCUUCUGAAUUCUCUGAAGGCAUUAGAAACAAGCGAGUCCGUAAAGUUUAUCUUGCACGAGUAACGGGCGAUUUUAGUCGUGUUUUUAACGAUCACGAGUGCAUAAACAUGAACGAUGGCGUAGGAUUUGGCAACGGCCUUGUGGCGUGCUGCCACGGGUUCAUGAGGGUUGUAUCUCACAAGCUAAGUAUCCACGAGUUCCUUACAGAUGGAACUAAGAAGGAUGUCAAAACUGCAGAAACGCGCUUCCGUAUGAUAGCAUAUAACAAAGAGCUAAACGAGUCCCUAUUAAUGUGUUAUCCCGUUACAGGGCGGACUCACCAGAUUCGAGCUCACCUCAAGUUCUUGGGAUUUCCAAUAUCUAAUGAUAAAUGUUAUAAUAAUGGCGCACUGUCUAGUAGUGUGGAGUAUUUCAAGAAACUGCCGGCAGUCCACUGGGAACUGGACGACCGUGGACACUGGCGGUUGCCCGAGCUCAACUUCGUAUCACCUAAACCAGCUUUGCUAAUCCACGGUAGUCACGAUUAUCAUGUAGGAUUAAAUAGACCAGUUGAGGGGUUGCACGUCAGUCCAACUGGUAUUUUCCUACACGCGUUGCGCUAUAUAUGGGACGAUAAACUAUCCGUGUCUGAUACCACUCCAAAUUGGGUUAAAGAUUUUAACCUAGGUACGUCCAGCGUUAACUUUGGUGAUUUGGACCUCUGGACAGAACACAUCGACGUCCAAAAUGGCGCCCGUCAAAUACGUAAGUUACUGCGCGAGCGGGAGCGGGAACGGGAGAGGAAUACGGAGGAGGAGCCUACCUUGGUUACAACUACGAUUGUAUCUACAACUAGACCGAGGUUUAGCUUCGCUGCUUUUAGGCACGUAAUUGACUCAUCCGAUGAUUCUGAUGUUGAAUAUCAGAACGAACCAAGCAGUGACUCGGAGUCCGUUGCUCCCUCCAGCGGAAGUGAAGAAACAGGGCCACCUACACCGCCGGAUUCUGAGAAUCAACAAAAAGAAUGUAACAAGAAGGAUGAUAGCGACUUUGCACUGUUGGAUUCAUUUGCGGCUGAACACGCUCAGGAGAUAAAAACUACGGAAAUUGAUACGAAGAUUCCUUUGGAAUGUCUCAAAAUAGAUCCUCGAGCAUUCCGCGUCGCGGGUAUCGAUACGCGACGUUUUGGCAAAUCUAGGCUAUACAAAAAUUUUGCGGGAUCUUUACAGGGGCGUAAUUGGUUGACGCCGGGCAUUCCGCCCAAAGUGGCUGAUCAGUUGCGCUCCGCUGUCUUCCAACAUCUGAGAAUUAAGGGAACUAUGGACAGCAAAAACAAACGAGAGCGAUUCAUGGUGGAACUCAGUGAUCGGUACAAAAAUGUGCAGAGUGUCUGCCUCGCGGCAAUUGAUUCACAGGACCCAGCACUUUUUAGACAGGUAUUAGACGCUAAUCCGCAUCAUGUGGAAGUGCUCCUUCGGGCAAGUUCCAUACACACCAUGCAGGGGCAACAUGAGGAGGCAUUCAAGCUUCUACAUCUUGCCCUGCAGAUAUUGCAGGCGGCAUUGCCACCAAGGUUCUCGCCCUGGCGUUUAAACGAAAAGGGGCUUUAUAACGUAUGGCUUCCAAGUUCAAUCGAAAGCAAUCUUAUGGUCUACCGACUCUUCGUAUUGUAUAUGAUUGCUUUGGAGAGACAGGGACAAUGGCAAGUAGCUCUAGCAGUUUGCAAGCUACUGCUUCUCAUGGACUUUCCGAGAGAUACAGCACAUGCACUGCUACAUAUCGACAUGUACCUGCUCAACAAUACAAAGAUGGGCAUGUACGACUUCUCGGUCGAAUAUGCCAAGGCUUUGGAGUAUCAAGUGCCAUUGCACUGGAUGCUACCAAACUUCGCAUUCUCCUUGGCAAUGGACUAUGCCACUAAAGAGAAAUCGGACCAUCUGGAGCUGCCACUUUCCAAAAGCGACUUCGAUAUGGUUCAAGAGUUCCUUAUGUUGGGUGAGAAUGAACUUGGGUUCAGCUUUACGCCAGGCGAGCAAGAAACUGAAAACUAUGGUGCUAAACGUGCACAACUUUAUCUUUUGAGAGCUUUGUUGCAAUACCCCGAAACCAUAGCGCUGUUAAGCCGUGAAGAGUUUGCAUCAGCCUUGGUUACAUACUCGCAGGCCGAACCCUUCAAUUCAUGGGUGCGAGGACGUGACACUACAGAUGCCAUACUAAUAAAGUGCUACAUCAAGAAGACAUGCGACAUUUGGCGGAACGACAACCUAAGCCUGCUGCGCAAGACUGCCGGACUUAUUGUCGAGAUGUAUAAAACGGAGCGUGGCGCGCUAAUAUUAGACUCGUUCCGUGACUUGUGGUUGGCUUUCAAGUUAGAGCUAAAUGCACCGAAUGUCUCUGAUGAGGUUAUAGUUGCGGAAUUUGAUCUAGCGUCGCACAGCCUGCCGAUGGCUCUGGAAUGA